CUGCCCAGCCAAGAUGGCUGACAGCAUCCCGUUAAAUCCGGUGCGGAAGAACUCGAAGAGAAUCCCGUAUUACAACUCAGCCAGACUUUCAAGACUGGACGAGGCUGAGCUAUAAAAGCCCUCAGGGUCAGGAAUGGACAGGAAGUGAACUAGUCGCAUGACCAGAUACUCUUUAGAAGAUGAGCCCUCCAACCUGGAUGAAAUGCCUCUCAUGAUGUCGGAAGAAGGCUUUGAGAACGAUGAGAGCGACUACCAGACGCUGCCCCGGGCCAGGGUCAACCAGAGACAGAGAGGCCUCGGCUGGUUCCUCCUUGGAGGGUGGAAAGUUCUCUGUGGCAGCUGCUGUGAUUGCCUGGCCCAUAUAUGUCGGAGGAAGAAGGAGCUGAAGGCCAGGACGGUUUGGCUUGGCUGUCCGGAGAAAUGUGAAGAGAAGUACCCCAAAAAUGCCAUCAAAAACCAGAAGUACAACAUCUUCACCUUUGUGCCUGGGGUUCUCUACCAGCAGUUCAAGUUCUUCCUCAAUCUCUACUUUCUGGUGGUGGCCUGUUCCCAGUUUGUGCCAUCACUGAAGAUCGGAUAUUUGUACACGUACUGGGCACCUCUGGGUUUUGUCUUAGCCGUUACAAUGGUGCGAGAGGCUGUGGACGAAGUGCGACGAUUCCAACGGGACAAAGAGAUGAACUCUCAACUCUACAGCAAGCUCACAGUGAGAGGUAAAAUUCAAGUGAAGAGCUCAGACAUACAAGUUGGGGACUUGAUCAUCGUUGACAAGAACCAAAGGAUUCCUGCAGACAUGAUAUUCCUGAGAACGUCAGAGAAAAAUGGUGCCUGUUUCAUCAGAACAGACCAGCUGGAUGGAGAAACAGACUGGAAACUGAAGGUUGCUGUAGGAUGCACACAGCGACUACCAGCAGUGGGGGAUCUCUUUUCCAUCAGCGCCUAUGUCUACGCCCAGAAGCCUCAGCUGGACAUCCACAGUUUCGAGGGGAACUUCACAAGGGAAGACACAGAUCCACAGAUCCAUGAGAGUCUGUCUAUUGAAAACACUCUGUGGGCCAGCACAGUCGUUGCAUCUGGCACAGUGAUAGGGGUGGUGAUCUACACAGGCAAAGAGACCAGAAGUGUACUGAACACGUCCUACGCCAAGAACAAGGUUGGCUUACUGGACCUAGAGCUGAACCGCCUCACAAAGGCCCUGUUCCUGGCCCAGGUGGUUCUGUCCGUUGUCAUGGUAGCGCUUCAGGGGUUUGUGGGUCCUUGGUUCCGCAACCUUUUCCGUUUUGUCGUGCUUUUCUCUUACAUCAUCCCCAUCAGUUUGCGUGUAAACCUGGACAUGGGGAAGUCAGCCUAUGGCUGGAUGAUCAUGAAAGAUGAAAACAUCCCUGGCACUGUUGUGAGAACCAGCACCAUUCCAGAAGAACUGGGCCGGCUAGUCUAUCUGCUGACCGAUAAGACGGGGACUCUGACACAGAACGAAAUGGUCUUCAAGCGGCUGCACCUGGGAACAGUAUCUUAUGGCACUGACACCAUGGAUGAGAUACAGAGCCACAUAAUCCAGUCAUAUGCACAGGUGACCUCCCAGCCCUCCACCGGCAGCGCCAGUGGCUCCACUCCAUCGCGGAAGACCCAGCCGUCUGGCCCGAAAGUCCGUAAGAGCGUCAGCAGUCGCAUCCACGAGGCUGUGAAGGCAAUUGCCUUGUGCCACAAUGUCACGCCCGUCUACGAAUCACAUGCCAUUGUGAAUGGAGAGACGGAGUCUGCUGAAGCUGACCAGGACUUCAGUGAUGACAAUCGCAUCUACCAGGCCUCCAGCCCUGAUGAGGUUGAGCUGGUGCGGUGGACAGAGAGUGUUGGCCUGACCCUGGUGAACAGAGACCUGAACUCACUGCAGCUGAAGACUCCUUCUGGACAGAUUCUCUCCUUCCACAUCCUGCAGAUCUUCCCCUUCACCUCCGAGAGCAAAAGGAUGGGCAUCAUCGUGAGGGAGGAGUCCACAGGUGACAUAACUUUCUACAUGAAGGGUGCUGAUGUUGCCAUGGCGAGCAUCGUCCAGUAUAAUGACUGGUUGGAAGAAGAGUGUGGGAACAUGGCCAGAGAAGGCCUGAGGACACUGGUGGUGGCCAAGAAGUCUCUGUCUGAGGAGCAGUAUCAGGACUUUGAGAGCCGCUACAACCAGGCGAAGCUGAGCAUCCAUGACCGAGGCCUGAAGGUUGCAGCAGUGGUAGAGAGCUUAGAGAGGGAGAUGGAGCUUCUGUGCCUGACUGGUGUAGAAGACCAGCUACAAGCAGAUGUCAGGCCCACACUGGAGCUGCUCAGGAACGCUGGCAUCAAGAUCUGGAUGCUGACAGGGGACAAGCUUGAGACAGCUACAUGCAUCGCGAAAAGCUCCCACUUAGUGUCCAGAAACCAGGACAUUCAUGUUUUUAGACCGGUCUCAAGCAGAGGAGAGGCCCAUCUGGAGCUCAACGCCUUCAGAAGGAAACAUGACUGUGCUCUGGUCAUCUCUGGAGACUCCUUAGAGGUGUGCUUGCGGUAUUACGAGCAUGAGUUUGUAGAGCUGGCAUGUCAGUGUCCAGCGGUGGUCUGUUGUCGCUGCUCCCCAACUCAGAAGGCCCAGAUAGUCACGCUCCUCCAGCAGCACACAGCCAACAGAACCUGUGCCAUAGGUGAUGGAGGAAAUGAUGUCAGUAUGAUCCAGGCUGCAGACUGUGGUAUUGGGAUUGAAGGAAAGGAGGGGAAGCAGGCGUCUCUGGCUGCAGACUUCUCCAUCACUCAGUUUAAGCACAUCGGUCGUCUGCUCAUGGUUCACGGCAGGAACAGCUACAAGCGCUCUGCAGCGUUGGGUCAGUUUGUCAUGCACAGAGGCAUGAUCAUCUCCACCAUGCAGGCUGUCUUCUCUUCUGUAUUUUACUUUGCCUCUGUGCCAUUGUAUCAGGGUUUCCUCAUGGUUGGCUAUGCCACCAUCUACACCAUGUUCCCAGUGUUCUCUUUGGUUCUGGACCAAGAUGUGAAGCCAGAGAUGGCUCUUCUCUACCCAGAGCUGUAUAAAGACCUCACCAAGGGGCGUUCAUUAUCUUUCAAGACUUUCCUCAUCUGGGUUUUGAUCAGUGUGUAUCAGGGUGGCAUCCUCAUGUACGGCGCGCUGGUGCUGUUUGAGUCGGAGUUUGUGCACGUGGUCGCCAUCUCCUUCACAGCGCUCAUCCUGACCGAGCUGCUGAUGGUGGCGCUGACGAUUCGCACCUGGCACUGGCUCAUGGUGGUGGCCGAGUUCUUCAGCCUGGGCUGCUACCUGGCCUCGCUCGCCUUCCUCAACGAAUACUUUGACUUGUCGUUCAUCACGACUUGGCCUUUCCUGUGGAAGGUGUCUGCCAUCACGCUGGUCAGCUGUCUUCCUCUCUACAUAAUCAAAUACCUGAAGCGCAAGUUUUCCCCACCGAGCUACUCCAAACUAUCCUCAUGAGCCAAACUUGGAUUACUCGUGUUUGUUUCGUAGUUUUCGUGCUUCUCUGAGCUUUCUUUUUUCAGCACUUUUUCCUUACUCACUGAUCCUCAGUGACGGACAGGUAAGAAACCACUGGAACAAUCGAAACUGUUCUUUGGAUUAUGUCACUGAGAUUUUGGAUUACUUGAAAAAAAAACGGAGCACAUAAAAAAAAAGACUAAAAGGACAGAGUCACCAAAAGAAGGGCAAAAUGGUGUAAGUGACUGCACUUCAAACUUGACUCAAAAAGGGUCAAUAUGCCUUCUUUUGUUUUUAAGCAUUUACAACAAAUCAGCUUCAAAUGUCAUUUUAUACAGUUCUGAUGCGUUUCUUUAAAUGUUUAAAUUUUUAUAUGUGGAGUUCAGAAUUUUUUUAAGUGUUAUUUUUUAUUCCAGGUAUUAAUUACAGUCGCUGGCCUGCAUCUUUCAACAGUGUUGAGUUGCUGUAAGGGAUUUAAAAAAUUAAAAAAAAGAUCUUUUAUUUUAAUGUUUUUGUACGUUACUGUAAAUAAAGCCUUUACAUGCAGCUUUGAUCACUGCUGCUGUCAAUGUGAAACCUCACUGCAUUUAAAGAGACAGUUCACCCCAAAAUACAUUUUUUAAAAAAUGCACGUUUUCCCCUCUUACCUGUCACCUGCUCUUUAUUAAUCCAUAUUGUAUUGGUGAGGACUGCAGAGUGUUGCAGAUAUCAGCCGUAGAGAUGUCUGCCUUCUCUCCAAAAUAAUAGAACUAGAUGGCACUCAGCUUGUGGUGCUCUUAGUGUCAAAACAAUACAUAUAAAAAAACUCAACAGUGAUGUCUCUUUCCAGAAAUAAUGACCUGGUUACUCAAGAUAAUCCACAGACCUUGUUGUGAGCAGUUUCUUGUAGGAACUAUUUUCUUUCUACCAAACUACACCGACCUACUGAAUCACUGCACAGAAGGAAGUGUGCAUCUACUCAUGGAAAACUAUGGCGGCAUAGUGUGUGAUUUUAAACAGUAUGAGAGGCGUGACAUGUAAAUUAACAGCAUCAGUCUCUAGUGUGAUGUAUGACACACAUGGGCAGCAAAUUUAUAAACAAUAAGAAUGGCAUUAACAUGGCAAUAACAAUCAUCCUCUGUUGCUAAUAUGGAGGUUGACCUCAUCCUGUGCUCAGAGCGGAAGGAGCUCCCAGACCUCACUGAAUUCCCAGUUUGCUGAUAUUUGCAACUGCUGUACUUCUUUUUCAAGUUAGCUGUUAUCCAAAACAUCACACUUGUCUCUUCCAUGGUUCCGUCUUGUCAGCUGUCCCUUUUACACGGAUGUCAAUUGAGCGCUGUUACUGCCUACGCUGCUGGCUUAAAAGCAAGACAGCUCUGUCCCCCCCAUUCCACAAUCAUACCGUUUAUACAGAAUGUUGAGGCGCAAGAUUUCCACCUUGAACAGGCAGUGUAAAGGGGGGUACUAUUGGCAUCCUCUUUGGUUGAGCUGUAGCAUUAGCUGGCUUAGUGAUGCUAGGUGAGCUAGCAGUAGAUGCAUGCUUCCUUCUGUGUGAGGUUACGGUUGGUGGGUAAUGAAAGACAGUAGUUCCUAGGGCAGAUAUCUCCCAACGCUCUGCAACUCACAACUAAACAGUCUUACAAAUAGAACUACAAGUAAGAGGAGAAAUAUUUUGAUUUUGAAGUGAACUGUCCUUUUUACUCUUCAAAUAACAUUUACGAUGACAUUCACGAAAAGAAUGCUGGGACUUGCUUCAAACUGAAUUUCCAUGUGUUUGCUGCUUUACGUCCUGUCCAUUAUACAAGACAGUGAAUGACAUCAUCAAUCAUCAUCUUCGUAGUAUAAAACCAGCACUCCAUAGCAUCAGUAAAUGUUGCAUCAUCAGCAUAUUUGGCCUUGAUUAUACUGCAUAACUUAACAUUUAUGAUGUCUGUCAGUGGCCACCAGUCCUCUUGUCGGGACAUGGCAGCUCGCUUUGUGCCUCAUUAUCAUGUAUGUCAAUGUACCGAAGCUGCGUCUCAUAGCAUUGGAUGUUUGAUCUGAACUUCCAGGAGCCUGAAUCCUGCUGCUCUACAUGGAGAACAUUUUUCUGAUGGUAAAACUACUUUAAAAGUCACAAUGAAGGACCCUGAAACACUGACGGCUGUAUUUAUUUUUAGGCCUUUAUUGACAAUAUGAAUCCCCUGGGCUUCAGUGUGACUUUGGCCUGUAGUGGACGUUGACAUUCAGCUCUUUUUAAGGAGGAAUGAGUUUUAUCAUUCACUCCAUGUACUCCUAGUGCUGAGUAUGUUUUGAGCACAGUCGAAGAAAGUGAAACUGAUCCUUUAAAUGUACAGUUCAUUAAACAGGGUGUAGUCUAGCUAUGUUUAUUAGUCAGGUUGUCAUUUCUUACUAAAUUGAGUUUAACUCAGGUCGACUUAAUAUAGCUGUCGGCAACCGCACUAUAAAAUGUAGCUACACUACAGGAAAAAAGGCAAAUACAGGAAAUAGCUAUUUGGGUGCGACUGUGACACUUUGAUGCAAAUUGCAUUUAGGUUUUAAAUUUCUGAUUUACAUUCUUGUGAAGAGCAGUUCCAAAUGUUGAUUCCCGUGUUUUAUGUUGAGAUCUUUGCUCUGUGCUCUAUGUGAUGUUGUAAAAACUUUUUCUGUCUCAGCAACUUGCUUUCCAUGUCCUACACUGCGAUUUCUAACAGUAUGUCUUGUUAUUUAUAAUAUUGUUAUUGAUUAAUAAAUAAUAAAGAGACGACAGAUG